AUGGACGAAUACGAAUCCGUGAUUAUCGAAGUGACAGGAAUAAACACAAACACUUCAAAAGACACUUUGGAGAACUAUUUCUCGUCCUCAAAACGUGGAGGAGACAUUGUGAAUAUAGAAUAUAUUAAAGGAAGUGGGAAUGCAUUAAUAACAUUUGCUAACGCCGAAGGUAAGAACACAAGACUGUCUUUAUGUGUUAUAACUGGGUUUCAGUAAGUAUUGCAGUAUUACAGGGCAGCAUUGAAGUCAAUAAAAAAAAUAAAUUAUUGAUUAAUUAUUGACUGAUUACAAUGAUUAGAGCACGAAUAUGAAACUAGAUCCCACAAUUUUAGAUAUUUAUAAUAUAAUGAAUGCAGCUUAAUGCAUAUAUAUAAUGAAUGAAUUUAGACCAUUUUCUCACUCUGCCUGGUAACUGCUAGUUGACUCAGUCAUCACCUGCACAAUUCAGCUAUGUGAGGCUAACUGUAAUCAGUCAAGGAACUAGUAGAAAUAACCAGCAUUAGUACGACAUCAAAUAUACAAUGAAUUUGUCAAUGAACUAUAAUGCAAUUUAUCGAUCGCCAUAAAGUAUUUAAAUGUUGCAAAUUUGAAAGCAGUUAGCAGUACAAUUUGAUGGUAUAUUUAAUAGCGGAUUGGUCUAGCCAACAAAUCUUAAGCAAAUGUCGCCAGCCUUUGAGAUUUGUCCAAGCAUGGACGCAAUGUCGAAAUAUAACGAGUGUUGGAACACAGACAAUACUUUCUACUGACCUAACUAUACAUGUAGAAACGACAAUAUGUCAAUAAUGCUAACGAGGAAACGGCAUAAUUUCAUCUUUCGCUUUCGAAAUCGAAGCCAUGCACAAACUACUGUAUAGUUUGCAACCACAGUCAUUAAAGAUGAAGUGAUAUAAUUUAAAUAGCGAUUUUUAGAAGCAAAUGCUUUAAAAUACAAAUUAAACAUGUUUGGAAUAAACAUGUUCCCCAUUAAAUAAUCGGGAUUCGGGAGGUUGCGAUAGUGCUUUUCACGUAAUUUGAUUGGUUGUUCAGCUCCGGAUAUCCUUGCACUAUUCACCUCCGGACAACGGAACAAAAUGGCUUCCCGUUUCGUUCCGGUUACAGAUAAGCAAUUACGUAUAGUAUAAUACGAAGCUGCCGUUUCGGCAAAGCCACAGAAAGUCAAUAGUGUGUAGAGGUAUUCUUUAAAGCUGUUUCUAAUGAAUAAAAAUGAUAAGAUUGCCGAAAGCGUGUAAAUACUGCAUGUUUUGUUUACAACUAUUACGGAAGUUCAAAUACAAAUUGUUUUACAAAUAUUUUCGUUGUUUUUUGGUCAUUUAUGUUUUGUAAUGGAAUAUGCUAAAACAUGUAAUUAUUCUCCUCAGUGUCGGUGAAUGUGCAGGAAUAUUCGUCUCAACGCUUCGCGUUUCUAUGUAUAUAUAUUUAUCUGCUCCUUCCAACUGCUACGACACUCUCUCCACCUUUAAAUCAUACCGCUACACAAGACUUUCCUCCACCUGACUGCCUAACGGUUCAUUUAGCUUUCAAGCUCUAAAAAUGUUAUAAAAUAUAAAUUCUAUCUAUGUACCAAUUAUUUAAGAAUUGUGUAUUAUUUAUGUAUUUCUAUCUAAGAGUGAAAUAAAGUUGUAUUGUUGUAUUGUAUUGUAUUGUGCCUACACUCCUCACUUACCUAGCUCACACUCAUUGAUCACGACAAACUAAUAUCUUCCAUGCAGGUCAUUCAUUCUACUAUUUCUCUCUUCUGUGCUUCUAGUUUUCCAUUCACCUUCCAUUUUUCUAUUCUAUAUUUUCUUGCUCUUCUAGUAGGUGAGUGCCAUGCAUGGGACCUACUUUCUAUAUUCUUGUUCAAAGUAAUUAUCUAUGUAAGAUGUGUACAAUAGUGUCAAGUUAUCUACGUGCCGAAUUAAAGCUGUUAAAUACUAUAGUAACAAAAAGUCCAGGUUGUUUUGAUAGGUUAUCACGUGGAUCGGUGUUUAGUUAUAGUUUACUUGCAAGUUGGUAGGGCAAUUGUAGUACAAUCCCAGCAAUGCUUCUUCGUUUACCCGCUUGAUUUACCUGCCUCAUGAAUAAUUGAACGAAAGUUUUCCCGAAAAUCAAGUAGAAGUCGAAAAACAAAGAAUCGUCAAAUGCUCGACCUGACGUCAAUUUCUGAAGUCGACCUGACGUUAUACGGCCGAUUUCAUCAUCUUUACAAAUUACAUUUACAAUUUACACCCUUGUUUUAGCGCAAGAUCAGCCACAAAAAUGAUAUGCGAAAGUUGACCUAAACCGUGGCAUCAAUUCAAAACAGCAAGAAGGUGUCGGGUGCUAUUAAUGUUAUUUGAAAAUGCUACAUUUUGAUGCUUUUAGUCAAAAACUAGUACGAGAGUAUUGCCCUUAACUUUAGAGAACAUCGAAAACAUUCGAGCAGAUUACACAGGACUGAUUAUUUAAAAGAUUUUGAGAUGCCGGCCAAACGUUCAUUACAUUACCAUUUUCUUAUUUUUAAGAUGCUAAAAAGGCUUUGGAAACAAGCCAGCAUUCUCUUGAAGGAUCUACACUAACGCUGACACGACGAAAGAAGGUGGAAAUUUCUGAAAAUGACAAAGUUUUCGUUGAAGGCAUUUCCAAGAAAACUACGGAAGAUUGUCUUAAGUUUUACAUGGAACGAUUAAGCGACUCAGACGUGAAAGAUAUCAAGUAUGGCCAUGCGAAGAGCAGCGAGAGUGUUAAUGCAAUUGUAACAUUCCACAGCCCAAUAGGUGAGUUGAGAAAUGAUCUAGAAAAUAUACAUGAGGGGUAGAGAGUAUCGGUGCCACAUGCAGUGGAGCUCUGGGGAGAACAGUUUAGAAAUGGUAGUGCUAUCCGGUGUUAACAUCAUAGGCGUACGAGCGAAAAAAUAAUGGGGGCGGACAAAAGUUUGCCCGACAUUGAUGGAAAUUGGCCGACAUUAUCCUGGUUUUAUUUAUUUAUAGACGAAUAGAAGCAAAAUAAAAGGAACACAUCUUCGAUACAGACACGCGGAAAUAUAGUAAAUUUUGAAACGAUAAAUAAAAGUAUUCCUGAGAUUUAAUUCUUUGCGCUACAUCAAAACUCCACACUCUACCACAUGCAAUUGGAACUUAAUGAAACAAAUUUCAAUCUGUCAUUCAGUUUCUGUGCCUAAACAUCUAAACAUUAACAUCAUGUCAAAUACAUUAUACCGAGGCGACCAGGCCCAGAAAAUUGCCAAAUUUUUAAGCAAAGUCUGCCCCACUAAACUUGUACGCCUAUGGUAAAUAUAGUUAAUUUAGUAACGGUAAAGAAGUUGCAAGAAUCUUGAUAAUUUCAAAAGUUGGAAGAAAGUUGAUAUUGAGGCGGUACAAUGCUUAACCAAUUGAUUCUCAAAAGUCUCCCUUUGAUCAAAGGAAAAUGUCUGGCAAUUAAACUAUAAAAUGAAAUAGGGCGCAUCACUGCUUAACAGAUUAACAAGAGGUAUAUGGCUAAUUCUAUUACCCCAAUAAUGCCAAAGAGCUUUCCUUGGAUGAGUAAAAUCGUUUGGUGAAACAAGGAAUUUUUGUUUCAUCAUUAGUCGUAGUAAUACCAAAACAAAAUGUUUUUCUCUUUCGUUUCAGAUUUCGACAAGAUACAGGCUGAUUUCAAAAAGAAGCCAACGUUAGAAGGAAAACACAUAUCAAUCAAGGCCGUUCCUCUGUGUAAAACAAUCUUAGUAAAAAACUUACCAGCUACAGCAACUGAUGACUCUGUGUCGUUAAGCUUUGAAAGCAAGCGAGCUGGAGGCGGGGAGGUUGAGAGAGUCGAUCUGGACCUAGAAAAAAAAAUAGCAUUGGUUAAAUUCGAAGAUCCAAAUGGUACGAUGGGUUAGGUAUUCAUUUCCUAUUAAGAAAGAAAACUAACUUUAUUUAAACUGGAUAGCUCCAAGAGGUCCAGUAAGGGUAAUAUAUUAUUGGUCCAGCGUUUACUACAGAAGGAAACCUAAAAAACUAUAUUUAUAUAGGAUACUAUAUUUGUCAAUUCUAAACUGUUCUCCAGGUGAGGGUGAUCUGAUAUUGGUUACUGAUACUACAAUUUUAGUGUGUUUAGAAAGGAUCACUACAGUUAUUGCAGGAGAGAGAAGACCUGUGGGGUUUGGUGAAGCAAAUCUGGAAGCAUUCUACACACACACACACAUGACUGAGAUGGGUAUCCAACACGGUCAUUAAGCACAUACACAAACCACUGCGCCACUACUACAGGACUAACACCCAAUAGCUUAAGCAGCAAUUGAAUAGUCUACCAAGAACACCCAAGUUGUAGUAAAUCUAUGAGAACUUUAAGGACUCCUAUUAAAAUACAUAUCUUGUAUUUUUUUUAGUAAUAGACAAAGUCCUUUCAGUGAAACAAAUACUGGACAAUACCACUCUAUCCGUGGAACGAUAUUACUCAAUCCUUGGCAGCUUAGCCGACUUACAAUUAAAAGAACAAGAAACAGCAAACGCAACCCGUCGUAAAGCACCUAUACCAAAGCCAAGACAACGAAAGCCAACAGGUUUCACAGAAGAUAUUGACUGUAAAGUAAAGCUAACAGACCAAUCGAUGGAAGAAUUAUCAAGGCCAGAGACUCGGAAGGAAAUCAAAGGCAAAAUGUAUUGCAAUGAACAUUCGGGGAUGGAAUUAAAAGUUUACUGCGAAACCUGCGACCAACUGAUUUGCAGGGACUGCAUGGAUUUUAAACACGUGAAGCAAAAUCAUUCGUGUGUUCUCGUCAAGGAUGUAGUGAACAACUAUAAGGAACAACUUGCUUCAAAUAACAAAGCAAUGGAAGACGCUUUAACUGAAGGCAAUGCCUUUGUUCAACGAUUAACUCUUACGAUAGAACAACUUGAUCAGGAUGCUGAGAAUAUAAAAACUGAAAUUGUACAAAGAAAAGAAUUUGUUGUGAAGAAAGUCAUUGAAAUGUUGGAUCAAAAUGCUGAAACUCUUUUCAACAAAGUAGAUGAACUUCACAAAGAGAAACGAGCGAAUCUGGACAGACAGGCAGAAGAAUCAAAGUUAUGCGUAGAGAACAUAAAAACGUCUGUUCAACUUUCGAAAAAGUUGGUCGACCAAGGCACGGAAGAAGAAGUAAUUUCCUCUCAGAAAAUGAUGUUGGACAACGCAAAUAAUCUCUUAACAAAACGCGAAGAGUAUUUCAAAGCAUCUAUACCCGUCGUAAAAUUGAGCUACACUUCCUCUACUGGCAAAGAACCAAUAAUUAAACGAAGAGAUUUUGAGAGGACUGGCCAACAGUUUAGGAGAAGUCAAUGA